AAUGGCGGACCAGAUUAAUUCCCUUGUAUAUGAUUACCUAACAAGUAUUGGAUCCAAGAUCGCAGAUAAAUUCAAGAAAGAGGUCAAACCUAAAGCUCUACCUGUCGGAUCUCCAGGCUUGAAGGAGAUAGUGUUCUCAGUCCAAGCAGGAAAAAGGAAAAUUUCUGAGAAUGGAUCUUCAGCGAAGAAAGCAAAGAAGGAUUCCAGUUCCGAAGAAGAGAGCGACGAAGAGAUGGAAACCUCUGCAGUCAAUGGACAAGCUAAGACUAACGGAACCAACGGUCACGUCAACGGGAAACAGAACGGUGAAGAGGAAUCUUCAGAUGAUGACAGUGAUGACAGUGAGGAAACAGCGCCAGUGAAAGCAAAAGCUACCCCUGCCAAGGCUACAGCUAAGAAAGAAGAAUCUUCUGAUGAGGAAUCUUCCGACGAAGAGGAAGAGGCAAAACCAGCUAAUAAACCAGCCGCUAAGGCUGCUGCUAAGAAGGAAGAAUCUUCUGAAGAGUCUUCCGAUGAGGAGGAAGAAGUUAAGCCAGCUGUAAAGGCUGCAACGAAAGCUGCGAAGAAGGAAGAAUCUUCAGACGAAGAAUCUUCUGAAGAGGAGGCUGCCAAACCAGCUGCCAAGGCUGCAGCAAAGAAGGAUUCUGAUGAUGAUAGUGAUGAUGAAUCUUCUGAAGAUGAAGCUCCAGCUAAGAAACCUGCCAAGGCAGCAGCAAAGAAAGAGUCCGACGAUGAUGAAUCAAGCAGCAGUGAAGAAGAGGAGGUGAAACCGGAGAAAAAGGGCAAGAAAGAGAAGAAACCUGCUGCAGAAGAUGAAGAUGAGGACGAAGAUGAACCAAUGAAGGUUGUUGAUAAUAAAAACACAUCCAUCGAUCGUGGAAAUAAUUCAUUCGGUGGUCGAGGUCGAGGAACUCCUCGUGGUCGUGGAACACCCCGUGGGGGUGGUAGAGGAGGUCGUGGUGGUGGUGAAAGUGGCGGUGGAGGUGGCGGAUGUUUCAAGUGUGGUGAGGAAGGCCAUUUCUCCCGAGAAUGUCCUACCGGUGGCGGAGCUAUGACAUGUUAUAAGUGCGGCGAAGAGGGACAUAUAUCCAGGGAGUGUCCUAAGGGCGGCGGAGACAACUUAUGUUUUAACUGCCAGGAAGAAGGACAUAUUUCUAGAGAUUGUCCCAAGCCAAGGAGUGGUAGAGGGCGUGGCGGAACCCCAGGACGUGGCGGACGGGGUGGGACCCCAAGGGGAGGUGGUGGUGGUGGAGGCGGCGGAUGUUUUAAGUGUGGCGAGGAUGGACAUUUCUCCCGGGAAUGUCCCACCGGUGGUGGAGACAAAUGUUUUAAUUGCCAGGAAAUUGGACAUAUGUCUAGAGAAUGUCCUAAGGGAAGUGGAGGUCGUGGUGGUGGAAGAGGGCGAGGCGGAGGUCGUGGACGUGGUGGAGGUGGAUUUGGCGAUCGUGGCGGACAACAGAACAAGAAAAAGUCUUUCGGUGGUGACGAUGAAUAGAUUCACUGUUCCAAGUUUUGCAUUCAUACAGCUCUGCAUUGUACUGGUUUUUAACAUGUGUUAUAUUUAGAAAGAAGUCUAAACCAUUUUGUUUAUUCACGUAAAUUUCACAUAUAUGUAAAUAAAUAUUUUUUCGAUUUA